CAGAAAACAUGUCUGUACAAUCUAAAGCCAGUCUAUGCAAUAUCAUUUUGGCGUAAUAUAGCCAGAGUUUCACCGACAGUUGUUCAUGUAUGAUACUGACUGCCUGGCUGACUGUCAAAUUUCUCUUGAAAGAUAGACGUCGUGCGAUGGUCUUCAAUACUUCCAAACUGUGUAGUGACCACAGGCCAAGAGAUUCGUGUAUAUAUAUAUAUGGUAUCUUGAUGAUGAUACGUUCAUUGGACCUCGACCUGCAAUUGCUCAACUUUUCCAUCUUCUGCAGUCUAGAGGUCCUUCCUUUGGCCUUCUUUUGAAUCCCACCAAAUGUGAAGUGUUCUGGCCUUCUGGAGAUCAAAAAUUUUCGGAAUUUCCUUCUGAGGUUCAACGUGUUGUUGGGUCAGUGGGUGGUGUAGAGUUUCUUGGAUCUCCAGUCUUUGGAUCAGAAGAGUACUACUGUGGCCACAUCGCUAAACGUGUAGACAAAGUCCUUCAAUGUCAGGAGAAAUUAUUGGAUAUGGAUGAUCCCCAGAUACAGCUGCUACUACUACGGUCUUGUCUAUCCUCUUGCAAGAUCAAUAAUUUGCUGAGAACAGUUCCACCAAACAAAGGUAUCCAGCAACUGGCCAAAUUUGAUUCAAACCUACGGGUAUGUCUUGAUGCCAUCAUUCGAUGUUCCACCUCAGACAUGUCUUGGUUGCAGGCUUCAUUGCCUGUUCGUCAAGGGGGACUCGGCCUACGAGAGGCGGUGAGAAUGUCCUCUUCUGCAUUCAUUGGCAGCUGUAACUCUGUUCGGUCAUUAUGUUCUCGUCUUCUACCAACUACGCCACUUCUGGAGGAGUCAGUGCUCAAUAGUAAUUAUUCGUCGCCUGACUUUAGUGCUUUUCCUGGAGAGUCUGCUGCUAAGGAUCAUAUUCGAAGUCUUGUGCCUGACUCGCUUGACACCAUUGAUCUUACCUCGAGUAGUCGACGUAACCUACAACGUCUCCUGGACACCAAGCUUUCAACAACCAUCUUAGAGAAAGCAAGUUUGAGAGAUCGUGCUCGACUAAACACGAUAUCUGCUCCUCACGCUGGAGCAUGGCUAAGGGCAAUACCCAACCCCAAUCUCAGCCUUGCCAUGCCCCAGAGAGAGGAGUUCAUAAUCGCUGUUCGCACAUGCUUGGGGAUACCUUUCUUCCCACCUCCUCCAAGCUCAAAGCGUUGUUCUUGUGGACAGGUUUUAGACAGUUAUGGGGACCAUCUACUGGGUUGCGGAGAGGGAAACUGGAGAAAUAGACGACACAACGUUCUUGCUGACGUAGCAUUCGAAGCACUAUUAUCUGAUAAUGCCAAUUUGUCGUCGUGAGCAACGGCUUUGUGGUGACUCGAAUGCAAGACUAGGAGAUGUAUACCAUCCAGAUUUUGAGAGAGGACGACCAACUUACUUUGACAUCACAGUAAAAAAUUCUUUCCAACCAACAUAUAUGGUAAAGGCAGCUUGUCAAGCAGGGGUUGCGGCAGAAGCUGGAGAAAGAGAGAAAGACAGCUCAUAUAAAGACAUUGUUAGUGGGAAUGGAGGUGUGCUUUAUCCACUAGCUGUUGAAAGUCUGGGCUUGUAGCUGCCGUCUAGUCUCCAGAUUUUAAAAUCAAUCUGCAGAAGAACAACAUUCCACAGUCACCUCACAAUAGCCAGGCCACGUUCUAUUUCCACCAACAGCUUUCUAUUAAACUCUGGUUGUAUAAUGCACAGAUAAUUCUAGAGAGAUUGUCUGUAGAUUGUUCUG